AGUCUGUCUAAUUCCGAGAAAAUUACACGAAGGCAUUACAGGUUGAAUCAUGGGAAUCAGGACUUCUACAAAGGGGAGAAAUCUGACCAUACUUUUGUGAAUUAUGAUACAUCUAUCGAGCACACAGUAAAGUGUGUUAAAUGAACUGUGAUCGAGUGCAUGUGACGCUCUUGGACUGAAAUUAAAUUAGGGCGGUCAAUUUCAUUGCGCACAGGAAUAUGCUUUAAAUGAAAGGAAAAUCAAGAUAUGUGGCAUUUUUUGAUGUGGAUGGUAUAUCUGUUGCUCCUGUUCUGUGGACUCUCCUAUUGCUGUGGAAGUAAAGAAUAUUUAAUUAAUGGAGAGUGCUGUCUAAUGUGCUCACCUGGGACAUAUGUUUACAAACACUGCUCACAAUACAAUAGCACCUGGUGUUUGCCAUGUGCUCAAAAAUCAUUCAUCGACUGUCCCAGUAGUCUCCCAGAAUGUUUGCCUUGCAAUGCGUGUCACCCAGAUUUAGGGUUAAGAACAGUCAGGGAGUGCACUCCCACCUCUGACACAGUGUGUGGGCCUCUGGAUCAGCACUACUGCACUGAGGCACAUAAGAAGGGCUGCAGAUUUGCACAGAGACACACCAUCUGCAGGCCUGGGCAAUUCAUCAAACGCAAUGGAACAACACUGACUAAUACUGAAUGCGGAGAAUGUCCUGACAGGACUUUUUCAGAAAAUUAUUUUUCUGCAUUCUGCAAACCACACACAGAUUGCCAAUCCUUGAGACUUCAGGAAAUUACAGCUGGAACAAACACAUCAGACAGUGAAUGUGGACCAAGAAAUUAUCCUCGGUCCAGAGUUGCUGGGUUUGUGCCUGCGGUGCUUGUAGUACUUCUAUUAACUGUCAUUUUAGGAAAGAUAAUGAAGAGUGAACGUGAUCGCCGGAGAGAAGAGUGGCAGAAUGAAGAGAGGAGAAUGAAGAACAUGCCUGUAGAGCACUAG